CGCCCAUACCGUACAUAAGUACAGGGAAAGGCAUCAGCAACUUCCCGCAUAUCGCCCUUACUGGCUCUCAGCAUCGAAACAGCACUCUCCAAAUCAGUUCGUUUACCGGAAUAAGACGGUUCACCAAUGGUCAGAUUUCUGAAACGAAGGAGGGUGGUGCGCAGACGCCCCCUGGCGGGACGGCGUCGCACUGCCGUGAGGAGAAGGCCCCGGAGGACAUUCGUCCACAGGCGGAGUCAUACAGGACAAUUCAACGUAGUGUUACGUUAUGAAACCGCAUUUAACGUGACAGCUACCAAUGACUACAUGAAAUCCUGGACCUGGACGUUGGGCAACUUCACAGGAGACUGGGCAAAGUUUGACUACUUCAGAAUGAACUGUAUUGUGGUGUCAUUUAUACCCACAUUCGAUGCAUGUUUCUCAAAAGAAUCAUUCUCAAUGCCGUUGAACUUUGGAUGGAUUGACUUUGAUGACUCAACUGACCCCACCUCCAAAGACAUCAACAGGCAGAACCUGAAAUGGUGGAGAGCAAGCAGGAGAAAGUCAUUUAAAAUCUACCCAAGAAUCCUGUCCUCACAGGGAACAGACACAUACACCCUGAACUCAAUCAAACGUCCCGGGUGGAUGAACACCGGGGCUCAUGCUGCGCCCUUCCUGGGGCUUAAAACUGUCUUUCCAAAAUCAAGUGGACAGAUAAGAUACCACAUGAUUGUGAAGGCCUACGUCUCAUUCAGACAGCCGAACUUUUCCAUCGGAUCCACAAACUGAUCACUCUGUAAACUGUCAGAUUACCCUCUUUUAAUACCUUACUUCAAUGUUUUUAAUUUUUUAAUAAA